AUGGCGUCUCGUCUGCUUGCGGCGGCCUCCUCCUCCUCCUCCUCCUCGUCUUCCUCCCCCCUCGCUCGCCUCAUCUCCAGCCGCCGUAUGGCCGGCGCCGCAGAUCACCACGGAUCGACAAAGGUGAACAUGUGGCAGGAGCCCUUGAACCCCGGCAACUGGAAGGAAGAGCACUUUGUGCUAACCAGCUUAGCGAUGUGGGGCGCUAUUAUAUAUGGUGGAUUGAAGGCGUUUGGCGGGAAAAAAGAAGUGAAAACCGAGGUAUUGACUUGUCUGUACGAAACAUUGACAGUGUUAUUGUACAUAGUUCAUUGUGCAAGAAUUUUUCAAGGAUUAUUUUGGUAG